UAUUUAAUAUAUCGAUCUGUUGUACCCAUCCCGAGACUAGACAAAUCAUUUUUUAGGUUAUGUAUCUCAGAAGCCGAUGGAGUUGAAAUUAUUUUUAAUUAUAUUUUGUGUUUUCCUCAAUAUAAUGUAUUAAAUUAAACGCGAAUAUAAUAUAAUAAUAUUCAGGCUAUAUCAUAGUAAGAUAUCAUGGCUAACGGACCAAUCGCUGAACGAAAUAGAGAUGCAACAAUAUACGUUGGAGGUCUCGACGAUAAGGUUUCCGAAUCUUUACUGUGGGAACUUUUUGUUCAGGCAGGUCCACUAGUAAACGUUCAUAUGCCGAAAGACAGAGUGACUAUGAUGCACCAAGGGUACGGAUUCGUCGAGUUCAUGGGCGAAGAAGACGCCGACUAUGCCAUAAAGAUUAUGAACAUGAUAAAGUUGUAUGGGAAACCUAUACGAGUAAACAAAGCGUCGGCCCAUCAGAAAAACUUGGAUGUGGGAGCGAAUAUAUUUAUAGGAAAUUUAGAUCCGGAAGUGGACGAAAAAUUGCUGUACGACACGUUUUCAGCCUUUGGAGUUAUACUUCAAACGCCUAAGAUAAUGAGAGACCCGGAAACCGGCAACUCCAAAGGCUUCGCCUUCAUCAACUUCGCCAGCUUCGAAGCCUCCGACGCCUCGAUUGAAGCCAUGAACGGCCAGUACCUCUGCAACCGACCCAUAUCGGUGUCAUACGCCUUCAAAAAAGACUCCAAAGGCGAAAGACACGGCUCGGCAGCCGAAAGACUACUAGCAGCUCAAAACCCACUCUCCCAAGCAGACAGACCUCACCAGCUGUUCGCCGAUGCACCUCCGAUGGGCAUGAUGGGCAUGGCCAUGGCUCCUCCACCUCCUCCUGUUAUUUUAGGGGGUCUUAUGCCUAUGCCUCCUCCGACGCCGGCGAGUAUGGCGCCUCCACCACCGCCUCCGGUGCCUCCGCCAUCGUCGUUUCCUUCUGGGAUUCCCCCGCCGCCUUUGCCUCCCAGUCAGCCUCCGCUGCCGCCUGGAGCGCCGCCUAUAUCCGCUGCAGGGGCAGGUGGAGCGCCUCGGCCUCCAUUGCCUGCAGGAGGGAUGCCGAGGGGGAUGAUGCCUCCGCCGCCGCCGUGGCAGGCUGGAGGGAUGCCUCCGCUGCCUACUUCAGGACAAGCAGCUGCUAACAGCAAUUUCCCGAACAUAUUCCCACCUCCGCCGCCUCCAGGAGCUAGGCCUCCGCCCCCCAACUGGAGACCGCCCCCUCCGCCAAACUUCGGAGGGGCACGACCUCCGUUUCCCCCAAGAGGACCUCCCCCACCACCACCUUCGAUGCAGUAGCACACCAAACAUCCAUACAGCGCAUGUGUGGAAAUACUUAAAUUACUUGGUAUUCUUUGUAUAAUUUUUUCUAUUGUUUAUCAACCAAAUGGAAUUAUAUUAUAAAUUAUGAAGUACUAAAAUAUAAGUAAAUAAAUGA